UUAAUCUUGUGGUAUGCGAGUUUGCAAACCAGUCCUCCUCACUGUGACUCAGAAUUAUGUUGAAAGUCUUUCUCUUUGAUUUCCUGUAAUUCAAUAGCAGUGGGUAAAAAUAUUUGUGGGGGGACAGAACGGCAGAAACAUUAGAAGCAUAGCUGCAGCAGGAAGUGGAGUCUUGAGUGAGUGGCCUAAAGCAGAUGUAACAGUUUACCAGAGCUUCAGUGUAAGAUUCAGCAUGUUGUUUUUUUCCCAUAGGGUUAAAUGGGACUGAGGUGUCUGCAGCGGACACAUGGGGCGGUUAGAUAUUAAUAUGUUUAAGCCUCGGGAGGGACCUAAGCUAAGAUAAUAAAGCGGGUCAGAAUUGGAAGUGCUGUGUUUUAUAUUUUACUGUCAUUUUGUUUUUCCAUACAGUAGUUUAAGCUCCUUAAAGGGGCUAGCCUAAGUGAUUACUCUAGUUUCAAAGGUCGUGUGUUUGGGUCAUACCUCCAAACAGAACCACUGACCUCCUCUGACUAAAAGCUGAGAUCAGCCUGGACAGGAAUGUAGGUUGUCACCAGAGCUAUUUUGGCAAUGUGCAGCCACUAAUGAUUGUGAUCACAGAGCGGAGUUCGGAGCAGUUGCUUCGCUCUCCUUUUUUCCUAGCAGCAAGUUUGAUCAUGCAGCUCUCACCGGCACUGCAGAGAUUAGAGAGUUAAGCGAAUGGCACGUCGGCUCCGCUUGCACUUUGCGUCAAGGAGAAGCAACACGGACCCUCUGUCAGAAAGCCUCAGCAGCCAUGGUGAGGCGAGUGGAGUCGGUGUGUCAGCUCAGAGCCCCGCAGAGAGUCUGGCGCACAGCUCUGUCCACUUCAAGGUGACUCCUCUGUCACCAGACUAUGCUAAUAGUCGGUACUCUUCAGUAUUCAUACCGCGAGUUAACACCGGAGGAUCCAAUAAGAAGAGCAUUCUGCAGAUCUCUCUACAGCCCUGUGGAAAGCUGGGCGGAGAGCUGGAUGGCAGUAUAGAGGAUGGAGACCCGGGGGUUGGUGAAGGAGGAGCAGGUACUGCCUCUGACGGAGGUUCAUGCAGCAGCAGCAUGGCCAGCGAUGCCGGGUAUUGUAGCAGCAACAGCAUCUUUGAACCAGAGACUUCAGAAAAGCACAGGACCACCCAGGAGAGGAGUCUACCCUGCUGCAAGUCCAAGGUCCCACUAAGACGCUGCUCCUCCCUGGUUAUAUUUCCAAAAAGCCCCUGCAGCACUCCGCCUGCUUCGCCUGUAAGUCCGGUGGCUCUGCCUGCUCUCCCACCAGUGAGGGGGGCUAAUCAGUCGUCUCUUCAGACAUCUGCCAGUGAAUUCUCACAAGACAAUGAGGAAGUGACUUGUAAAGGGUCCACCACCACGGCAGUAAGUGGCCAUCGACACGCGAAAGGAAGCUGUUCAGCUGAAUUCAGGGACACGAAACACAUGGUGCAGUUCAGUAUUCCUUUACCGGAUGAGCCACAGUCCAAAAUAGACGACAAAUGGAGUAAAGUUAUGGAACUGUCAUCUGCUUUAGACAGAUCAAAUCGGCACUCGAGCAGCGUGCUGCUGCACUUCGCCCACCAGAGACCAAUGUUAUUGGGGAAGGGAUCUACAGCCACGGCUACAGUCAAUGUGGAAUAUCCUGAUGUACAUUACCCAACCACGCACCCUGAGGGUGAUCAAGACGCUCAGAAAAAACUGUAUCGUAGUACCUCAGCUUGUUUGUUUUCCUCAACCAAACCCUCAGAGAAAAACCAUAAGGCCUGUUCAACAGGAAACAGCCAAGAAAGGUCUGAAGAAAACCACUCUCAUCGCGCCAUUCAGAGGAGCUUUUCCCUCGAGGUUCCCUACCCGAACACUGGAAUUUCAUGUCACGUUUCAAAUCCAAAUCUCAGCAGCCCUUGCUCUCCACAUGUACACAUUCAUUUGUCUCCUUGCUGCCCCGCUAAAUUGCCUAGCUCUAUUACUGACGUUAACACAAGCCUAAAAGGGAGUAAUACGCCAAAGAGCCCAGCUCAAAACACUAAGACACGUGAUGACUUCCUGGGACAGGUGGAUGUUCCCUUAAAUCAGAUACCGACAGAAAAUCCUAACACAGAAAGGCCAUACACAUUCAAGGAUUUUCUGCUUCACCCACGAAGCCACAAGUCCAGAGUCAAAGGUCAUCUGCGUCUCAAGAUGACCUACCUACCAAAAAACUUAGAUUCAGAAGAGGAAUCGGCGGAGCAGACCGAGGACGUGGAUCCUGGUUGGGAGAACCUGGAGGCUCAGGACAUGUGCGGCCCCAGAGAAAGCCAACUGCUCCCUCCUCUGCCCCCUGGCUGGGAGGAGCGGCAGGACAACCUGGGAAGAAUCUACUUUGUCAAUCACGAAACCAGAACCACACAGUGGCAACGACCCACAAUACAAGACGGGGACGUGCAAAUUCGAAGACAGAACAAUAACAAUGAUGCGGAGUAUGCGUUCAAUACACGGAGACAGAUCUCAGACCACGAUGAGAACACCACGCGAGAGUCUCCUGAGAGCUGGGAGAUCAUCACGGAGGACGAAACCACCCUGUAUCACAGUAACAACCAGCUCAGAUCACCAUCACCCCAGGCGCCUCCGGAGUUCCAGCCAUUCUCCGAGGAGCUGAGAAACCUUCACGUUUCAGGGGCCACAGCUGGCGAGCAGCGCACCUCCCCCAUGCAGGAUCACGCCAGUAAUUCAACCCAUUCCAGUCUCAGGCGAAGUGUCCGGACUCCAACUGGAGAGGAACAUCCUGUUAACCCUGUGCAGCUGUUUCCGACCUCAGCCGGAUUACCUCCAGGCUGGGAGGAGAAGCGGGACAGUAAAGGAAGACGCUACUACGUCAACCACAACAUUCGAACCACUACAUGGACACGGCCACUGAUCCAGAGAACUUCAGAAACAACAGCAGCAGCUCCCGUAGCAGCAGCAGCAGGAGCAGCAGGAGGAGCAGGACACAGCGGUCCAGGUUUAUCCCGAAGCCCCACACCACCGCAGCCACCUGCUACGCCCGAGGAGUCUCCUCAGCACGCUCCAAGCUCCGACUCCACGUUUGAAUCUGGCUUCUUGCCGGCCGGUUGGGAGGUUCGCAGCGCUCCCAAUGGAAGACCAUUCUUCAUCGACCACAACACAAAGACGACUACCUGGGAAGAUCCCCGGCUAAAGAUUCCUGUACAAAUGAGGAAGAGACCCUCACUCGACCCUGCUGACCUGGGCCCCCUGCCACCUGGCUGGGAGGAAAGGGUCCACUCUGAUGGGAGGAUAUUCUACAUAGAUCACAACACCAGGACCACACAAUGGGAUGAUCCCAGGCUGCAGAACUCGGCUAUAACUGGACCAGCAGUGCCUUAUUCUAGAGAUUAUAAACAGAAGUACGACUACUUCAAGAAGAAGCUGAAGAAACCGGCCGACAUCCCAAACCGUUUUGAGAUGAAGAUGAGACGAAAUGCAGUGCUGGAGGACUCUUACCGACGCAUCCUCUCGGUGAAGAGGCCAGACCUGCUGAAGGCACGACUGUGGGUGGAGUUUGAGGGAGAAAAGGGGCUGGACUAUGGCGGCGUGGCCAGAGAGUGGUUCUUCCUCAUGUCCAGGGAGAUGUUCAACCCCUACUAUGGACUCUUUGAGUAUUCUGCCACGGACAACUACACGCUGCAGAUUAACCCUAACUCAGGUUUAUGUAACGAGGACCACCUGUCCUACUUCAAGUUCAUCGGGCGUGUGGCCGGCAUGGCAGUGUACCACGGCAAACUCCUCGAUGCUUUCUUCAUUCGACCGUUCUACAAGAUGAUGCUGCAGAAGCCCAUCACCCUCCAGGACAUGGAGUCUGUUGACAGUGAAUAUUUCAACUCCUUGAUGUGGAUUUUGGAGAACGACCCGACAGACUUGGAUCUGAUGUUCACCAUUGACGAGGAGCUGUUUGGACAGACUCACCAGCAUGAACUGAAACUGGGUGGCGCAGAGAUUGUCGUGACUAAUGAGAACAAGAAGGAGUACAUCCACCUAGUGAUGCAGUGGAGGUUUGUGAACCGGAUACAGAAGCAGAUGACAGCCUUUAAGGAGGGAUUCUUUGAGUUGAUACCACUGGAUCUUAUCAAGAUCUUUGAUGAGAAUGAGCUUGAGCUGCUCAUGUGUGGCCUCGGAGACGUGGAUGUGAACGACUGGAGAGCGAACACCAAGUACAAGAACGGCUACUGCUCCAACCACGUGGUCAUCCAGUGGUUUUGGAAAACGGUGCUGCUGAUGGAUGCAGAAAAAAGAAUCCGCCUCUUACAGUUUGUGACGGGAACAUCCAGGGUCCCGAUGAACGGAUUUGCUGAACUCUAUGGGUCAAACGGGCCACAGCUGUUCACCAUCGAGCAGUGGGGAACACGUGAUAAACUUCCCAGAGCCCACACAUGCUUCAACCGGCUGGACCUUCCUCCUUACGAGUCCUUCGAGGAGCUGAGGGAGAAACUUAACAUCUCUAUCGAGAAUGCACAAGGCUUCGACGGGGUGGAUUAGCACUUGUGCGCGCUUUAAUGAGCUGAAGUGACCUCGCUGCCGUCAGAGUAAAGCCAAGCAAAGUGAUGAUGUGAUGAAAAGACCAAGCUGUGCUCAGACUCGGGUCUUAACCUGCCAGCUGUGUGACGAGAUGAAGAGCAGUCACACCACCUACACAGUGGUCCUCUGUUAGAGCACAUGUGAAGAAAGGACUUUAAGUCUGAAGUGGCAGGUAUUUUCAUAUCACGCCACGUGUUUUUAACGUUUACAAAUCAGGUUUUCUUAUUAUUUGAUUCUUUAUUGUAAGUCGCUCAAAGAUGUAUUCGCUCUUAUUUGUACCGCUAAAAUGCUUCAAUAUUUAAAGAACUCGAUUCUGUGAAAUGUUAUUAUAGGAGUUUAUCUGGAUGCAUGCUGUACAGUGAAAUGCAAAGACAUCUAAACUUAAAGGACGUGAGCUCAAGUAGGUUUGAAUCACUCAAUGCUGAGCAAACCACAUCGGGUACUUUCUGAGACUAGUUACAGUGGCCUGCAAAGGUUUGGGCACCUCUCGUGAACAAAUUCUGUAAUCGUGAACAGCUACGCGUGUAAAAGUCAACCCAAUUUCGGAAAGGUCUAAUGUUUAUUAGUUUAUUUUGUUAUUCUGAGAUAUUUUUAUUACCGUUUUAAAGUAACAAAGAAAGGAUGCUCGGAAGUUCGGACGCUCUGAUUGGUCAUUGGGAAAUUAUCGCAGCUUGUAAAAUGAAAUUCUGUGCCCCUGCUGAGGUUAACUAUAAAGUAGUUAAGGUGUUUUGGUGUGAUGACACUUCCUUGAAGGUCAUAGUCUGAUUUGCCUAAUUAGAAAUCCCACAAGCAGUUCUCUGUCAGUGACCUUGACCUCUAUCUGUAAACUGCUCCUUCUUCUUCAUGAGAAUCAUGUAUUUUGUAAUAUUUAGUCUGAGGUAGCAUUAACAAAGCUUUGAAAUGUGCAUCACGUGGCCUAAUGACUCAUGACUAAUCUAAACUAAUUAAGGUAAAGGUGAUCAGAUACAUAGUUAUGCCCAAACAUUAGCAUUUUACACCUUUUAACUUUUAUUCCUACUUUGGAUUCUACAAAACAAAAAAACAUAUUGUGUAUUCUUGAGACAUAAAUUCAUUCUCUGAUAUUCACAGUCUAAUGACAUCUUAACCAGAGGUGCCUAAACCUUUGCACGCCGCUGUGUGCUGCUCCUCAUGUUAACACAUUACCUCUUCACUUAACAACAUAGCUACAUGUCGGGGCUAUAACAUGUGCCUUUUACGGAAAUAAUCCAACAUUAAGGAGAUUCAUUCAUUCAUUCAUUUUAACAUUUAGCACAUGGAUGAAAACCACAUCUCCAGCACUGCCCUACUGCUUAUAAUCCCUUUAAAUAUGACAAAUGGAGGAAAACGUUGUCUGCAGGUUUUAAAAGGAAAUGGGGCAACUUUUUGUUAUUUACAUUAUUUUACAUUUUUCAUUCCAGUGUAUUAGAAACACUGACACUUCACGUUCAAACGGACGCACCUCAAAAGCAUCGUAGACGCGUAGGUAACAUACAAAUUUGAGCGACUACAGUUAAACUAAUCAUUUAAUCUUUAUGGUAGUUAUGUACCAAUGUCAGGACCAGUAACAGGCUAAACUAAUUAUACUGUAGUAUGUAUCUGUGUAGUCCACAGGUCCAGCGAUGUGACUGCAUGCAGUGUUAGAUUGUGCUGAAAUACUAUGCAUUAUAGUACAUAUUAACAUAUUUGAACGUCAUUUGAUUUUUGAGUUUCAUAGAUAUGUUGUAGAUGUACAUAUAACUUAGCCUCCUACGAGCCCAUCAUGCAUUUACUGUUAACAUUUUUAAAGUCAAAAAAAGGUUAAUGGUGCACCUUUACUUCAUUCAUCCUCUUUUUGAUCAAUAGCUGCUCAUAUUCACAUUCAACACUGAGUGUUUAUGUACCAGAAGAUUAAAUAAAUGUAUAUUCACCUCAUAUCUCCUGGGUAGUCGCUUUCCAUAAACGUUAUCAGACAGACUGGCCAUACGUAGUUUGUGUGCAGUAUGUUAAAUAUCAUGUUUUUGUCUAUGAAUGAUAUCAUUUUAUUUUCUUCUACUCAUCAAGGGUGUCAAAUUGAAGCACAGUGCUCUGUUUUUAAGAGCACAACUUUAAAACUAGUUUUGUUGGUUGUCAAACUCUGUACAGAUUAUUGUCUUUAAAAUGAGUGAUCGCUCAUAUUAUCUUUGUAAGAAAGUAAGUGUACUUCUUCAGCGGUAGUUUUUUUCUGAAUGGUAAAACCUGUGUUUACACUGCCUGCCAUGUUUACAGGUCGGUGAUAAAGGAAGAUAUUGUGGGCUGGUUCUUGUCUCUUGGCAACACAAUUUUAUACUUACGCUUUUAUAAAGUGAAGCACUUUGUUAAUAAUGUAAUGAGUCUUACUUCCGAACUGUCUCAAUCUUUGCCAAUCUGUCACCUGCUUGAAUCACUCUUCAAAAACAUGAUCCUUUGCUUCAAGUGCACGUGUUAAAAUGUUUACAUGUGAACAUUGCUGAAAAUAAGCACAUUCUCCUCUUUCUCUUAUAUUUAAGAUUAAAUACCAAGGCCUUCGUUUGUAACGUGUCGUAGAAUCCACUUGUGUAUUGAUGUUUAUUGAUCUCUGAAUGAAAGUACUGUUAUAUAUGUAUUGUUGUCUACUGAAGAAGAAUUCAUAGAUCAACAUUUCUGAUAUAUCAAAUUUUGUUAUGAGUACACCUAUAAGUGCAUUAAAAACAGCAGCAUACGUGCAACAUGUGUAUGACAGUUAAAAGGGGCAAAAUGAACUGUAGCUGUUAAAUCCCAAUUUAAAAAUUACCUGUAGCUCACAAACUGAAUAUAAAUAUAUUUGGAAAAUAAAAACAAACAAAAACACCCAA